AUCCCCCUGGACCCCAUCCUUCGCCAAGAACCCAUCUAUCACCGAUAUAUCGCUAUAAAUACUGACAAUGCAUCAUAGUUUGACACCAAUAUACAUGAAAAUGGUGUAAAUCAAUGUCAGGGAGUAGGGUAUGGCGCUUGGUGAAGGGGUUAUGGAGGUCAGUAGUGGUGGCGAGAGGCGGCGGGGGACCAGCUGGUGGCAACACAACAAUAACAACACACACAAUGCGCGGGAAAGAUGUUCAUUCCCGCCAAGACUCUCUCAGCUCAACAACACUUCCACACCACCUUGUCAAAAUGAUGACUGAAGAAACUAGACCAUCAGUUAAUGGCAAGGAGGUGACAGAUGACGCUAAACCACCAGCUGAAGUCAACGGGAAAGAACCACCAUCUGAAGUCAACGGGAAAGAACCACCAUCUGAAGUCAACGGGAAAGAACCACCAGCUGAAGUCAACGGGAAAGAACCACCAGCUGAAGUCAACGGGAAAGAACCACCAUCUGAAGUCAACGGGAAAGAACCACCAGCUGAAGUCAACGGGAAAGAACCACCAGCUGAAGUCAACGGGAAAGAACCACCAGCUGAAGUCAACGGGAAAGAACCAUCAGCUGAAGUCAAAGGGAAAACUUUUGAAAGGCAUGAUGAGCUUCAGUACUUGGAUUUAGUCAGAAACAUAUUGAAUCAUGGGACCAGAAAAGGAGAUCGGACUGGCACCGGCACUAUUUCUCUCUUUGGUGCACAGAUGAGGUUCUCUCUAAGGGAUGGUAUCUUCCCUCUGCUGACAACGAAGAGGGUGUUUUGGCGUGGUGUUGUGGAAGAGCUUCUCUGGUUUAUCAAAGGUUCUACCAACGCAAAAGAUCUGCAGGAGAAAGGUGUCCACAUAUGGGAUGGAAACUCUUCUAGAGAAUUUCUUGAUAAAUCAGGAUUUACAGAGAGGGAAGAGGGAGAUCUUGGCCCCGUGUACGGCUUCCAGUGGCGGCACUUUGGGGCGGCGUACGUGGACAUGCAUUCUGAUUAUGCUGGACGUGGUCUUGAUCAACUGCAGCAGGUAAUUGAGACCAUUGAGAAGAACCCUGAAGACCGUCGCAUCAUCAUGUGUGCCUGGAACCCCACAGAUGUACCCAAGAUGGCUCUACCGCCUUGUCACUGCCUCUGUCAGUUCUACGUGGCCAAUGGAGAACUGUCGUGCCAGCUAUACCAGCGUAGUGCAGAUAUGGGCCUCGGAGUGCCUUUCAAUAUUGCUAGCUAUGCACUCUUGACUUGCAUGAUUGCUCAUGUUACAGAUUUGAAGCCUGGAGAGUUCGUUCACACCCUGGGAGAUGCCCACGUGUAUGCCAACCACAGCUCUGCUUUAGAAGAACAGCUGAAAAGAGAACCAAGACCUUUCCCAAUGUUAAAGAUAAAGAGAAAUGUUAAGUCCAUCAAUGACUUCAAGUUUGAAGAUUUUGAAUUGGUUGGGUAUAAGCCUCAUCCAAAGAUUCAAAUGGAAAUGGCAGUCUAAUGUAGCGUGUGACUGUUGUGCGGCAGGAGUGUGAGACGUAGCAGUGUGUCAUUAGUGUAUAUUACGAGAAUUGUGAGCAGACAUUACCUUCAUGCAUGAUUAUAACAGUUGUGUGUGGACCUUGUCUUCACACUCUACACUUGGACCAGCAGCACCUGUGUGGACCUUGUCUUCACACUCAACACUUGGACCAGCAGCACCUGUGUGGACCUUGUCUUCACACUCAACACUUGGACCAGCAGCACCUGUGUGGACCUUGCCUUCACACUCAACACUUGGACCAGCAGCACCUGUGUGGACCUUGCCUUCACACUCAACACUUGGACCAGCAGCACCUGUGUGGACCUUGCCUUCACACUCUACACUUGGACCAGCAGCACCUGUGUGGACCUUGUCUUCACACUCA